AUGGGACUUGAUGGUAAAGUGCUAGCUACAUUGCUAGACAGAUGCGUUUUCAGUGGAAACCCAUUCUCAAGCCGCGAAUCCGGACCCUGGGGUAUUCAUCAUCAUGCGGGAAGCGUGUGGGUUUCUCAGCUACAGAGGGAAAGAUCUAACUGGUUGGUAGUUGAAGUUGGUAUGAAGUUAAGUCUUGCGCGGAGCCUGUGUACGUUGUUUAGCAUUUGA